AUGCUCAUCAAUUCCUCUAUCCUCUUUCUGGCUUUUGGUGCUAGUGUGCUAGCCAAGCAUCACUAUGGCACUCCCAAAGACCUUUCACGGGUCAUCAACAUCACAUUGACACCCGUGGUGACCCACGAUAAGAUUAGUGGCAUAGCAGGAGAGUACAUCCUCCACUAUCACACCAAGAAGAACCACACGUUGGUCGACAUUCCCAUCAGCCUCGCUGGCAAACCCACUGCAGCUUAUAACACCGAAACCUUGACUGCCAAAGACAAAAAGGGAAAGCUCAAGCUACUCGCUUCAGAAGGCGAGGACGCAGACGGACAGCCUACCCGCUACUUCAGACCUAUCCGGGAUACUGAGGGUCCAGUCACGGUCCGCUUCACGGCUAAGCCAAACAACAAAACCUACCCUCACAUAGGCCCUCUCUUUGACCUGCGGGAGAACGGCCUAGAAAACGUCGGAGGCAUCGUGGGCUCAUCCUGGGCCUUGUUACCUGGCGUUUCCAACCUUACUCAACAGUAUGACUGGUCUUACCGCUGGGAUCUGAGGCAUGCUCCAAAGGGAACUAAUACAGCCUGGACUUGGGGAGAGGGUGCUGGGCCAUUCUAUCUCACCGCUCCUAGGGCAGAUGUUCUCUACACUUACUUCUCCGUUGGUAAACUGAGCCAAUAUCCUCCCACAGGCACCAGGCCUGUUGACCCUAAGCACAAGUUCGGCAUGUAUUGGUUAGACGAGCCAGUCUUCAACGCUACCGAGCUUGCUGGGUUCAUAAACUCAUUCUUCAAUUAUUCCACUACCUUCUGGCAGGAUCAGAGCUCCCUGCCUUAUCGUGUCUUUAUACGCCACAAUGCCCGCGGAGAACUAGGAUCUGGAGGUACAGCACUCAAUCAAUCCUUCUCUUUUGGCUGGAAUGCGCAUAAUGAAACAAACCAAGAAUACUUGCGUCUUCUCAUAUCACACGAAAUGACUCACAAUUGGGCUAUCAUGCCUGGUGCCGGCGCUCUCAACUCCCGAUGGGCAGAGGGCAUGGCUGAAUUUUACUCGUUAAGGUUACUCUGGCGUGCCCAUCUUUUGAACACAACUACCUACGCCAAAGAGAUGAACUACCGCGUCAACAGGUAUUACAUCAAUCCUUACGUCAACUACACCGACGAGGCAGCCUAUGAUCUAGCAUGGAAGGACGCAGCCGCACAACACAUCCCAUACGGAAGGGGUUUGAUCGAACUUGCGAAUAUUGAUGCAGAGGUUCGAAACAAAUCGAAAAAUGCGAUGGGGCUCGAUUUCCUGACCCUCAAGAUGCGGAAGCUGUGCGUCACUGGUAGCGCCGACUGUACCCCCGCUACAUGGCUGAAAUACACGGCGGAUUAUCUCGGCCCUUCAGCAGUCACUGAGUACAACAGGACCACCUCAGGCAAGCCUGUAAUCCAACCACUCCCGGGUAGCUUGGGUCCUUGCUUCGAUGUAGUUCAGACAGAAAGCAACCCUCAAGUGUGGCAGUGGAGGGCAAAGAAGGAGGUUGACAUUGAGAGCGAGAAGUGUAUCAUUUGAAACUUCC